AUGGUGGUGGCAGAUAUCCCACCAUCUACGCCUGCUGCUCCCGUGGCUCCUCCGGCUCCUCCUGUUGCUGCUGCCACCAAUAUGGUGGUGGCCAUCCCGCCGUUCUGCCUGUACGCGCACGGGACUGUUGCUGACAGGCCGGAUGCCCUCACCCUGUAUCGUAUGGGGUCGAACGGACAAGUGUUGAAAUUGCCCACACAGAGCUUGGUUGGUUUGUUUCUCGGGUAUCAGACUGCCAAUUGCUGGCCUGUCUUGGCUCAGAGGUCUGCAUUUCUUCUCCCUGGGCUGUACGCCCAGAGCAAAUUGAAAGCAGGCAGCCAAGCUACAUUCAGGCAUUGCUUGUUCAGAGUCGUGGUCAAUCUGUGCCUCUCUGCGCUGCCUGUCGUGGUGCUGGCCGGAAUCGUCCGGUUUUCGUUGGUUGUCGAAGUUGGAAAAGAUGCUAAGAAUCUACAGGACAAAACGAAUCCACGAAGGGCCGUGGAGCACUCGGCACCUGAAGAGCAACAGCAUGAUUACACCAAGGAAAACCUUACAUUUACAGACCCUCUCGCAGACACCAUCAAUAGCGCGUACCUUGGUACGGUGUUGGUUUCUAUUGACAAGUUGAACACCAACUGGGGAGAAGGACUUGACGCCAAUCGUUCUCUUUCCGAGUCCCAGGUAACGAACCUGGUGAAGAUAUUUACCCAGUCAGGUCUCCGAAAGGAGGAGUUCGAGUCUAGCCAGACGCCUAUGGAGGGGCCUGUGCAAACUGCAUCUGGACUGACUGUGCAGCCAGGUGCAUGCACCAUGACUUAUUGCUGA